CACUCGCUUCACCAAGAUGGCGGCUGUUAAGGAUGGUGGUUCCCCUGGAGAAAUGGCCACAGGGAGCUUGCGGCGCCUCCACCUGGGAAUUCCUGAGGCCGUGUUUGUGGAAGAUGUAGAUUCUUUCAUGAAACAACCUGGGAAUGAGACUGCAGAUAUAGUACUAAAGAAGUUGGACGAACAAUACCAAAAGUAUAAGUUUAUGGAACUCAAUCUUGCUCAAAAGAAAAGGAGGCUGAAAGGACAGAUUCCAGAAAUCAAGCAGACUUUAGAAAUUCUCAAAUACAUGCAGAAGAAAAAAGAGUCCACCAAGUCACUGGAGACCAGAUUCUUAUUGGCAGAUAACCUGUACUGCAAAGCUUCUGUUCCUCCUACUGACAAAGUGUGUCUGUGGCUCGGGGCGAAUGUAAUGCUGGAAUAUGAUAUUGAUGAAGCACAGGCACUGUUGGAAAAGAACUUAGGAACCGCCACAAAGAAUCUGGAUUCUCUCGAGGAAGACCUGGACUUUCUUCGAGACCAAUUUACUACCACGGAAGUCAAUAUGGCUAGGGUUUAUAAUUGGGAUGUAAAAAGAAGAAACAAAGAUGAUUCUAUCAAGAACAAAGCAUAAAGCUGGCAAUUGAAAAUGUGGUUCAGUUUUCCAAGCAUACAUUAUUUUGAAUACCCUAAAGUUUAUUCUUAAAGACUGACAUAACUUUGAAUAAUUUUUUAGCAGCAAGAAUGAGGAUUAAAACUUUUAAAAAUGACAAAUGGCAUUUUUUUAAUUCAUGAACAAAAUUCAUUUCCAGUGUUUUAUGAAAUUAGUCGUAUGAUGUUUUCUUUUUCACAUUUCCCAAUAAAAUAAACAGUGCUUUCAUCGGAUUUGUCUGUCAUAAGAAAACUGAGUUGAAAAGACCCUAGACUCAAAGCUAGGCACUAACACAGUUUACUCUUUAUGUGCUUAAACCAGUUUCGAGGUAGGAAAGAUAGUUUGACUAUUUACAGACAGACUUGAUUUUCUUCCGUGCAUGUGAAGUUUUAUGACACUGGGACCACUGAUUUGUCUUAUGUAAAUGAGAUUCAUGGAUUACUGGUUAAUUCUCAUAAUAUUUUGAACUUUUCAGGAAACAGUAAUUUGCCUUUCUAAACAGGAAGAGGGCUACUGAGACCACAUGUUUUUUUAGCCCAAAUAGUGCACAGUGUCUUAGCGAUGCCCACAUAGAAGACUUUGACUAAUGUGAAAUACUAUUACCUGCUCAGCACUCACCGCUAAGGCGAUUUUUCCUUUAUUAAAGGUUCUUCAAAGCAGCUUAACUGGAAUGGUAAGGUGAAUGCCAAUUUGCAAUGGAAAAGAGGUGUUGUGCUUUUUAUUCAUGAUAAAGCCUCAUAGAAUUAAUAAGUUCCAAUGUAAGUCUGUUGGUGUAGUGGUUAGUGCUAGAUGAUACAGAUUCUGGUCAAAGUACAAACGUUCCAUUCCUUCUUAAUGUGGUAAAAACUUGUACAAUGUUUUGUACUUGUACUUCAUGAUAUUAAAACAAUGGUAUUUCAUGAUAUUAAAACAGUGAAGUUCAAACUGUG